AUGCAGCCUGAUGGCAGCAUUAAUGAUUACCCAUUCAUACUUCACUGCUCUCUGGUGGGAUCCUGGAGCCUGAGAGAGAUUGUCUGUGAGGAGAAUUACAUGGAGACAUUGGAAGAGAGAGCUAAGCAGCUUAGGACAGGGCAAGUGAUCUUCUACAGGCCAGAUGACUUUGACAAGACACCCCGACUGAUUGAGGAUGUCAAAGCUAUAGGGUACCACAUCGUUGCCACUGAUACUCGGCUUCUUCUACGCAGUGCCUACUCUUCACUUCUGUCCUAUACCAUUAAGAGUCAUGUCCUUCAGGGCCAGUAUGCUCAGUCUCUGUCUGUGGAGUUCUUUUAUAUGUAUGACUGGGAUGACGCGAUUUGGCCUCAUACGCAACACCGCAGCUUUUUACUCCUGCGCACACCACAUGUGCCUCGAACACUAAUAAUUCUCAACAACACCGAUCCCUCCACAGGAGUGUUCUUUGUCACCCUGGGUGUAUUUCCUGCUGAUGUGUCACUUCAGAAUAUUACACUUGGGAGUGAAACUAUGUCAUGGAAAGAGGCACAACACACUAUUCAUUUGAAACAGAUACUAUUCAGCAAUGGCAGCCAUGCCUAUGAACUUCAGGUCCCCUCCUCGCACCCCAUGGUUACCCAAAGGGUAAUCAGUGGACAUUACAAGAGGCACAGCUUGACCCUGACCUUUGACCUUGUCAUCUCCCCUGAAGAAGAGUACUUCAGCUAUAGAACUAAUGUAAUGUUUGAUCAGAAAGAACCAGCUCUUCCGGCUGUGCUGUGGGGUGGUUGUACAGAGAGAGGAGUUAUGGUGAUUGUGCACUACGGCUCAGGGGAUGUGCAGUGGGAGCUGUAUGUGGGGGACCAUAGGCUGGAUGGGACGCUUGUGCAGCUGGGACGCUACAGGCUGGAUGGUGGAGAUGACCAUUUCAGCAUAGAGAUACCUCUCAACAGCCCCGGAAUAGUUUAUGAGGACUUGAAUUUGAAGAGCAUGGUUGUUAAGGUGGAGGUCCGUGCUGUUAACAUGGUGACAAUGAAGAUGGAGCACUCUCUUGUCCAGCGCUGCACAUUUCCUAUUCGAGAUUUUCUUGUUUGCCUGCCAGAAGGAAGGAUGGUAGUGGUUAUAGACACAACUCGCUCCAUCCCUCCCACCAAGCCUAAUAGCACCAGUCUCCUGGACCCAUCCUGCAAACCCACUGCCACAGACAGCUCCAGAGCUCUGUUCAACUUCAGCUUGGACUCCUGUGGCACCACCAUGACUGUGGAAGGCAACUAUCUGCUCUAUGAGAAUGAGAUAAGAUACAACGAGAAACUUCUUCCUAAAGAAGACCCUCUCAUCCGUAUUGACUCACCAUUCAGGCUGACACUGCAAUGUCGAUACCCACUUAAUGGUACCAGUUCACUCGCACAUUAUCCCACUGCUAGCACAAUCAUCAAACAUCCUUCAUUACCACGAAAACGGAGACAAGGAUUCAACUGGACAAAGCCUCUAAUCAGAGGUCUAAGAAUACCAAAAGGCUUGAAAGGCUCAUGA